AUGCAGCUCAACUUGCCGAAGAACAAGUUCAUCAAGCCGCAAGGGUGGGAUUGGGAAGGUCCAUGGUCCGUCAGCCUUGAUGCAAGUCUGUUGUACGACGCAGAUGCAGGGCUAGAACAUUUCUUAGAAGAUUGCUUCGAGCAGCAAAUCCGCUACGUCCCCGGGGGUGAAUUUUCGGCAGCCAGUACCCCAUUCACCAAUGUGAAAGGAGAUCCCGUUCUCCCCAAAGAUAAGAUCGAAUGUACCCAUGGAUGGGAAUGGGAUGAUGCCUGGCAGGUCGAUAUCAACCGAGCUUGCGACGAAGAAGGAUACGAGUAUUGCGUAGAGUCUACUUCUGCUGCCUGGACACCUGCCUGUAAGACGUAUCACAUGUGCCGCAGGAAGCGAUGGGUUCGACCAAGAUCGCUAAUCAAGGGCUUCAAGGUUGAAGAGGCGAAAGAAGAACACGUUGGAGACGACUGGGAGUACGCACCGAUGUUUAACAUGAGAUUCCAUGCCACUGAGAGGAAGAUGGACCUGGUUAAAAGGAGAAGAUGGCAUCGUAAGAUGGUGGCAAAGACAGAGCAUGCAGCAUCAAUAUUCUCCCUAAAGAGGGCGAUUACAGAUGACAAACAUGAAAAGCAAGAUCAACCUGUUCCUAGGAUUCUCCUGGAGCCUAAGGAAACACACAAGUAUCAGCUGCGAGCGUACAUGUUCCAGGCGCGGAACCUGAUAGCAGCAGACUCAGACAGCUUCUCAGACCCGUUCGCCUUCGUGAGCCUUUUGUUUCGUAGUCAACGAACUCAUAUCAUCCGGCACUCGCUCUCGCCGUCAUGGGACCAGACCCUCAUCUUUGAGGAGAUCGUCGUCCAUGGAUCUCCGGACUUCCUCGCUCGACAUCCCCCAGACGUCGUCGUCGAGAUCUUCGACUACGAUGCCUAUAGGAACGAUGAGUUCUUGGGUCGAGUCAUUAUCAAGCCACUUGUGAAAGUGGAUCCGUCUGAUCGCCAGGUGUGUCGGCUAGGAUGGCAUAGCCUUCAGCGAGGAACAAGACCAGCAGGAGAACUUCUUGCAUCUUUCGAACUUUUUCUUGCGAAGAACCAUUCGGACCUGCCCUUUCUGCCGCCGAUGAAGAAGGACCGUUACGUGGUACCAAGUGGAAUACGACCCGUCAUGCAACGCACCGUUGUUGAGAUUCUUUGCUGGGGGCUCCGAAACAUGGCGAAGUACAUGCAGAUGAGUGUCGACUCGCCCAGCGUCGAGUUUGAAAUUGGCGGGAAAGUGGUGGAGUCGGAGGUUAUAUCGAACCUUAAAAAGAGUCCUAAUUUCAGCAAUCCUGUUCUCGUAGUUGUUGUGGAUCUUCCCCGGGAGGAGCUGUACACGCCACCGAUCAACAUCAAAGUCCGCGACCAUCGUGCGUUCGGUAGAAAGCCUGUGGUAGGGAUAGCUACCAUUAAUGGGCUGGGGAGGUACCGGCGUCUUGACUCCGUGUCAACGGUGCUAUCAGAUGACGAGCCGGACGUCCAAGGACCUCCACUGUUGACUGUUACUGAUACAGCUGACGAAGGACCUGGUAAAAGAAGUGAAUACACCGUUAUUGAUGUGGAUGAUCAGAAGGACUCCAAAGUCACCUUCAAAGAAGAAGAUCGGAAAACCAAAAGAAAGAAGUUCAGUGUAGGAGGUUUCAGAAAAUUCCAGUGGUGGCAGAAGUCGAAGUCACUAGAUCCGGAAGCCGUGGCUGAGGAAGAGAUCGAUUGGUGGUCGAAAUACUACGCAUCAAAGGGCGACAUUGCAAAGUGUGUUUCUUACAUGGAAAGGGGAUAUGACAUCAUCCAGAUCCUGCCAGGGGAACUGGAAGAUCAGCCAAGCUUCCAAGGUUUCUCUGAUUUCUUUGAUACCUUCGAGCUCGCUAGAGGAAAGGCAUCAACGGACGGCGGACCCACUCUUACGGGUGAAUUCAAGGGAUCAUUCAAGAUUUACCCAAUGCCUCAUGAGUUAAAGGAGCCCGUAUCUCCUAUGUUCAUCAAGCCAAGUGAACUACCAUCCACUGGACUAGUGGAGGUCCUGGUCCGGGUCUAUGUGGUCCGGGCUUAUCAGCUGUGUCCCCAGGACACCAAUGGACUGUCUGAUCCUUACAUCAUCGUCAAAUUGGGUAAGACCGUUUUGGAUGACGUGAAGAAGUUUAUUCCGAACACACUAGAACCUUUCUUCGGCAGAUUAUUUGAGUUGAAGACAACACUGCCCUUGCACAAGGAUCUCCGUAUACAGGUGAUGGAUAAGGAUUUCUUGAGCCGUGAUGAUAUGAUUGGUGAGACGGUGAUCGAUCUCGAGAACCGAUAUCUCUCACGAUACCGCGCAACCUGUGGUCUCCCCGAAACGUAUAACAUCACUGGGCCGAACAUAUGGAGAGACUCGGCAACUCCACGUCAACUUUUGGCCGAGUACUGCAUACGAAAUUCAAUGGCGCCACCGAAGUUUGAGAACGCAGAACCUCCUACAGUUGUUGAAGUCGGAGGAGAGACAUACAGACUCGCCGAAAUUGAGCGUCACAAGCAGAGGAACGAGCACUGGGGACCUGCCGACCAGCGGCUAGCAUUAUACGUCCUACACGCACAAGGUUUAGUACGAGAACACGUAGAAACUAGGUGUUUAUACAACUCAGCCAUGCCUGACCUACCUCAGGGCCAACUCGAGAUGUGGGUGGACAUGUUUCCCACGGACCCAAACAACCCUGCUGUUGCUCCUGGACCCCCGUUUCAUAUCUCUCCAAGAAUCCCAAAAAAGUUUCAAGUUCGUUGUAUCAUAUGGAACACAAUGAACGUUGAUCUGCAAGAGGUCUCAAUCACAGGAGAGAGAAUGAGUGACAUCUACAUCAAAGGAUGGCUAUCUGGAGUGGAUGAAAAACAAGAGACCGAUGUGCACUACCGGUCACUCAAUGGUGAAGGAAACUUCAAUUGGCGCUUUGUCUUUGACAUGAAUUACAUCCCUCCAGAACAAGUGAUAGUAGUUAAGAAGAAGGAACAUUUCUGGAGCGUGAGUGAGACAGAGACGAGGGUUCCGGCUACAUUAGUUAUCCAGAUCUGGGAUAAUGACAAGUUCUCUGCUGAUGACUUCAUAGGGACUCUGGAAUUGGACCUCAAUCGGAUGAUGUCUCCAAUCAAAAAGGUCAAAAGUUGUACAAUAGAAAGGUUACCAGAGGGCGAUGACCCGAGCCCCAACAUGUCCCUCUUUGAGCGCAAGAGGGUGAAAGGGUGGUGGCCCUGUUACAACGUAGAGGGCGAAGAUGGCAAAAAGAAGCUUGCGGGUAAAGUUGAAAUGGAACUGGAGAUCUUAGAUGAGAGUGAGAUCAACGAAAGACCGACAGCUCAGGGUCGAGAUGAACCAAAUCAGCAUCCUCAUCUUGAUGAACCAAAUCGGCCCGAGACAUCAUUCCUGUGGUUCACAUCUCCAUGGAAAUCACUUCGCUUUGUCAUCUGGAACAAUUUCAAAUGGCGUAUCUUAAUUGGUCUGCUCAUUGUCCUUCUCAUCAUCUUCCUCAUCCUCUUUAUCUACAAUAUCCCAAGUGCCUCCAUCAAUAGCGUGUUCAGCGGCUGAUUCAACAACGAAUGCAAUCAUUUUUUAUUGUGUGUUCAACGGUCAAAUGAACGGUGUCGUUCAAUGAAGAUUGUAGUGUGUGUUUAUCCACGAUAUAAUAAGUACCUCGGUCAAUAUUGUGUUCAGCGGCUGAUUUUACCACGAGUGCAAUCAUUUUCGAAGGCCAAAUGAACGAUGAGUUCAACGAAUGAUUAUAUUAGUCUGUGUUGUGAGUUUAUCAUCAAUAUUCCAAGUGCCUCUAUCAACCAAUCAUGCGGUGAAAUAUGAAUGAAUUGAUUUUUUGUUCAACAUGAAAUGUGUGUUUAUCAGUAAUACCUCUUUCAAGAAUGUGUUCAGUGACUGAUCCAACCACAAGCGCAAUAUGAACCAUCUUGAUUGUGAGUUCAAUUUGUGGAAUUGUCAUCAUAACUUUAAAAGUUUAUAGAUCUUGUUCAUGGAAAUUUGGGACAUAAGAGUAACUAUGUAUCCCUGAAUAUAUUGUGCAUAUUUCUGGUCAAUUGACCAAAAUCAAAGGUCAUUUAGGGUCAAUGAACUUUGGCAGUGUUAGGGGUAUUUGUUGAAUUGGCAUCAUAACUUAGAAAGUUUAUGGAUCUACACAUGUAGUUCAUGGAACAUAGACAUAAGGGUAAUGAUUGUUUUGCACAUAUAAGGUCACAUGAUCAUGGUCAAAGGUCAUGUUGGGUAAAUGGACAUAGUAUUUUAUUAUCAUAUGAGUGUUUUCUUCUGUGAAUAAUUAUUUAAAAGCUGUUUUUAAAGUCAGCACUGCUGGUAUAUCAACUCGCGUAAUGCAGGCGAGACUGCCAGAGGCAUUCCACUUGUUGCUUGUGUUCAAUAGCAUUGGUCUGCUAAUCUGUUGAACAAAAAUUCCCGAUGCGGUUUUUUUUAUUCUUAAAGUAUAUAAAAAUUGGGUAUUAUUAUUAUUAUUGUUACCUGCUUGAAUUCUUCCAGGAUUGUCUUUACUGUUAUUUUUAUUUGUGUUUUAACAUUUGCAACUUUAACUACUUGUCAAUGAAAUUCAUCUGCUAAAAAUUAUUUAAUUUUUAUCUGAAUGUGCUUGAUAUCGUUCGUUUGGUUGCAUUUACAUUUUAUUUUUCUUUGCUUGAAACAACGUGAUAUGAAUUUGUUUUGAAUGAAAGAGAAUCGUGAACACGAUUUAUCAUUCAGAUAAUGUCAAAAAAUAUUUUGCAAGAAUUAAUUUUAUUCCAGCAUUUGAAAAUGUUACUGAAAUGUCACGUU